AUUAUGCUUUAUGCUUUGGAAUGUGCCUGAAGUGGUAAUUCUGAAAUUAACAUUUGAGAUUUUGACAUUUGUGUAAUUGAAAUUUUAUAAUACAAUGGAUCCAGCAUUGCUUAGAGAGCGAGAGCUCUUCAAGAAAAAAGCUCUUACAACACCAUCGGUGGAGAAAAGAAAGAAGGAACAGGAAAAAGAUACCACGCGAGAUGAGUCAUUCAAAAAAAAGCCAAAACUAUCUAUGUCUAGCGGACCCAAAUUAGACAUGGUUAACUACAAAACCAUGGCAGGCAGUACACAAUAUAAAUUUGGUGUGUUAGCCAAAAUAGUAAAGCAUAUGAAAGCUAGGCAUCAAGAAGGAGAUGAUCAUCCUUUAACGCUAGAAGAAAUCUUGGAUGAAACAAAUCAAUUAGACGUUGGAUCCAAGGUAAAACAAUGGCUUCAAACAGAAGCUCUCAUUAAAAACCCAAAGAUAGAAGUAACUUCGGAUGGUAGAUUUGUAUUCAAAGCUAUGUAUAAGAUUAAAGAUAAAAAAUCUUUACUGAGGUUAUUAAAACAACAAGAUUUAAAAGGUCUUGGUGGAAUACUAUUAGAAGAUAUACAAGAAAGUCUGCCACACUGUGAUAAACAUUUAAAGAGUUUACAAAAUGAGAUAUUAUUUAUAACAAGACCCUUGGACAAGAAGAAGAUCGUGUUUUAUAAUGAUAAAACAGCGCAGUUUCCAAUAGACGAUGAAUUUCAAAAGUUGUGGAGGGCUGUUGCAGUCGAUGCAAUGGAUGAUCAGAAAAUCGACGAAUACUUAGAAAAACAAGGAAUACGAUCUAUGCAGGAUCACGGUCCCAAAAAACCAGCCCCGAUUAAACGAAAGAAACCUGUUAGCAAGAGAAAACAGUUCAAAAAACCAAGAGAUAACGAACAUUUAGCAGAUGUUUUAGAAACGUACGAUGAUACGAAAUAAGUACGAAAUGAUACUCAAAUUUUGUAAAGAAACUAAAUCUAUGACCUAAGUGUUAAAAGAGAGAUAAGAAUGUUUUAUUAUCAUAACUUUUUACGAUCAUUAUGUAAGAGAAAUUGUCUAUUUUGGAGUUAACAUGUUAGUGUUACAUAUCACAGUGAUAUAAUAAAUAAGAAAUAUUUAUUGUCAUAAUUUCAUUUUAAGUACAAAAUAAAUAUAGGUCAAUUAUA